AGACAAUCUCAUCUGCCGCUCCCUGUGAAGCAUGGUGUUGGAACCGUCUUGAUGCUACCGGCUAUAUCAAGGGAUCUCCAAGCAACCCACCCCGAGAUCACAGAGCACGCCAUCCUGUAGGCUGUAGUUGACAUGUAUACGUAAGAUGCCAUUGCGAUCCGCGCUCUCUCCUCUUCCUCCAACCGAGCUUCACGGCCUAUCUCGGAGACGGGUGCUUAGUGCCGUAGAUUUCACCUCUUGGAGUCUUUCCCCCUCUCGUCUCCCGCAUAUAUAUGUCCACUCCUAUAAAGACAUAUAUCCAGUCUUCGUCCCAUCUGGCCGUAACAUCGUGAAAUAAGAUCAAUCUCGAAAUAGAUAGCAACCCGUUACCCUCGUUACCUCAGCCUCAACUAAAGCAAAGCAAAGCAAAGCAAAGCAAAGCAAAGCAAAGCAAAGCAAAGCAAAGCAAAGCAAAGCAAAGCAAAGCAAAGCAAAGCAAAGCAAAGCAAAGAUGGUUUCCCUACACCCCCUCCUCGACAACGGCAUCACCAAAGGCGACCCCAAUUUCUCCGGCGGCACUCUCUACUGCAAAUGCGCCACCGACCCCGUCGCCGUAACCCUCAGCUCCAACGUCGCCCACAACCACGCCUGCGGCUGCUCCAAGUGCUGGAAGCCCGCGGGCGCGCUCUUCAGCAUCGUCGGCGUCGUGCCGCGGGACAGCCUAUCGGUCACGGCCAACGAGUCGAAGCUCAGCAUCGUGGACCCCAAGGCCGCGAUCCAGCGCCACGCCUGCACCAGCUGCGGCACGCACCUGUACGGCCGCAUCGAGACCGACCACGCCUUCAAGGGCCUCGAUUUCGUGCACGCCGAGCUCAGCCCCCAGAAGGGCUGGCAGGAGCCCCAGUUCGCCGCUUUCGUCUCCAGCAUCAUCGAGCAGGGCUUCGACCCCGCGAGCAUAGGCCAGGUUAGGGAUAAGCUACGCCAGGUCGGCCUGGACACGUACGAUUGCCUUUCGCCCGCCCUGAUGGACCUUAUUGCUACGUAUACUGCUAAGAAGACCGGCGUCCUGAAAUGAACGCUGAAAACUUAGAUAAAAAGGGUACCUAGUUAUUAGGAUGGUUGUUGGGAGACACAUCGCAAUGAA